CCGCCCCCAGAGCACAAUUUUCACUUCCGCUUCCGGCGCUGAGGUGGUCCAGGUCAAAAAAUGGCGGCGGCUGCGUUCGGGCUUUUUCGGCUGUUGGGUCGGUCCCGCCCACAGCUGGGGCGGCAUAUGUCGAGUGGCGCCCAUGGCCAGGAGGGCUCAGCUCGCAUGUGGAGGGCCCUCACCUUCUUCGUCGCCCUUCCCGGGGUGGGAGUGAGCAUGCUGAAUGUCUUCUUGAAAUCCCGCCACGGAGAACACGAGAGACCCGAGUUCAUCCCUUACUCCCAUCUUCGCAUCAGGACCAAGCCCUUUCCCUGGGGAGAUGGUAACCAUACUCUAUUCCACAACCCUCACGUGAAUCCGCUUCCAACUGGUUAUGAAGAUGAAUAAAGAGAACCUAGACCACUACCCAGGCAUUGGGGACCACAGCAUCAGUUUGGACCAUUACUCUGCACAUGGACCAGAGAAAGUGUACGGGACCUUAAGCUCACCUUUUAUCAUAUGAUUACCAGUCUUCCAUCCCUUUACUUGUGGCAGGAGAUGGCUUAAAUAAACAAACUAA